UUCACACUUAUCGACCAAUCAUGUGAAUGGAUUGAGUAGAAUCAACCAGUCAUAAUUGCGAGACCCGUCCACCGCGCGUAACAGGUGGCAAUUUAAAGGCUUCCUUAGCGAGCCAUAACUAUCAAAACAAAUUCCAACCAGCGUUAAAUUGAGACAAAACGAAACUUCAACGAAAAGGACGUUUAAAUUCCUCCGACUGUGAUCAAGGGUAAACUGUAUAAGAAACAAUCUAGGCAUGAAAGAUAUGGAUUGUUUGCAGAAAACCAGACUCGCGCAACUUCAAGAUUCGAAAAGCGACGAAAUGCAGAGAGUUUGUCAGGAAGCUAAGGCCUUGGCAAAUGACCUCGUUGAGUAUCGCAUUGGAAAGCGAAACCCUCCUCCAAGUCACACCGCUGCAAUUUUGAGAAGGCUGUCCGACGAGCUUGAAGAUCGUCAUUCUGCAGUGCUCGCCAACAUGUGUGGAAGGCUCAACAUACUUACUGGCUCUGCCCAUACAAAAUUUGUGCAGGUUGCAGACGAAGUUUUCCGCGAUGGAGUGAACUGGGGCAGAAUUGUGGCGAUUUUUGCGUUUGGAGCGAAACUAGCCCAGUACUGUUUUAGAAACGGACUUGAGAAGGAAGCAGACGAUAUAACUGAUUGGGUUGGAAAUUAUAUUUCAAGUCUAUCGGGCUGGAUUCUAUCAAACGGCGGCUGGGAGGCGUUUAAUCAGAUCUUUCGCGAGGCAUAUGACGAAAGAGAAAGGUCUUGGUGGAAAAAACUGUGUCUCGCCGCGGUGGGGUUUGGAGCACUGGCGACAUUAGUCUAUCAACAUUCAAGUUGACUUGAAUUCCAAAUCAAACGUCUGUAGCUACCUAAAGAAAGUACAUAGGAAGGGUAUAGAGAUUUGUUUCCAGAAAUUCGUUUCUUCAUUUUUAUAAAGUAUUGAACAGCUAGACAAGAAAUAUCAUUUUAGCUUGAUGAGCGCUCUGGAAACUGAAUUCCUCACUUGAACGACCUUAACGCAAACCUUAAGGUAGGUAGGAAGUAUUUUCCAGCAAGGAAGUCCUGAACAAACGCCUUGCUAGCAUUAAAGGGGAGAGCCAAGCUUAUUUGUUUUGUUAUCAUAACGUACUAUUUUUUUUCUAGACAGAGUGCUUUCGCGCACGCUCAUGAGCCCUCAAUACAAAAAUAAUUAGCCAGCGGCGUAAAAGACAAGAUUUUGAAGAAAAAUACAGCUUAUAAUCUACCCUGCGAGCAGAGCCUUU